AUGAGCCGGUUUUCACUCAGGGGCCGAACAGCGCUCAUUACUGGGGGAGCACGAGGCUGUGGUCUUUCGUUUGCCCAGGGCCUUGCGGAGGCCGGGGCAGAUGUAGCCAUCUUCGACGUCAUAGAUCCUAUCGAAGACUUCUUCGAGAUCGGGAAGACAUACAAUGUCAAGACCAAACACUAUCGGGUGAAUGUCAGCAAUAUGAAAAGUCUAUUACAAGGCUUUGAGGCGUUCGAGGCCGAUUUCAGCGGAAAACUCGACAUAUGUGUCCCAUGUGCAGGGAUUAACAAACAUAUCGCUUUCCUCGACACCUCUUACGAAGAGCAUCAGAAACUACUCAGCGUCAAUACGAUGGGCGUGUUCCAUACCGCUCAAUUGGGCGCAAAGCUGAUGAUUAAGAAUGGUACUAAGUGUGGUAGUAUUAUUCUUGUGGCCAGCAUUGCUAGUUACAUGGCAAUCAGAAGCCAAAUGAGCUCUGCAUAUUGUGGUACCAAAGGAGCCGUGAGAGCCAUGUGUCCGGCUAUUGCCGCUGAGUUGGUUCCUUAUGGUAUCAGAGUGAAUUCAAUAUCUCCAGGCUACGUGAGAACAGAAAUGACUGCGUCAUUUCCACAUCUCUUGGAAUCCUGGAAAGAUGAGAUCAUGAACCGGAGGGUAGCGGAGCCCGAUGAUAUUAGAGGAGCAUGCGUCUUUCUAGCGAGUGAUGCAAGUCUAUACAUGACUGGACAAGAUGUAUGCGUCGACGGUGGUGUUACAAAGUGGUGA